GAGGGGAUUUGUGGCUGUCUCGCUUUGUGGCACGCUGAUACCUGUCAGUGUGACCGUCUAUCUACCGGCUUACCCAGGCGUUGAUUCUGGUUUCACCUGCAUCGGUCACCUCUGCUCAGCCAUGAAGAUUUGGACCUCAGAGCACAUAUUCAACCAUCCUUGGGAGACAGUGACCAAGGCUGCUAUGCAGAAGUACCCCAAUCCCAUGAACCCUAGUGUGAUCGGAGUAGACGUUCUGGACAGAAACAUCGACAAGCAGGGACGCCUGCACAGUAAGAGACUGCUCAGCACGGAGUGGGGUCUUCCAUCCAUAGUAAAAUCUAUCAUUGGAAGUGCGCGGACAUACACCUAUGUUCAGGAACACUCUGUUGUGGAUCCCAGAGAGAAAACCUUUGAACUUCAAUCAUCAAAUAUCACUUUUACAAACAUGGUGUCUGUGGAUGAGAAGUUAACUUAUAAACCACACCCUGAAGAUCCAGAGAAGACAAUACUGACUCAAGAAGCUAUCAUCUCUGUGAAAGGAGUCAGUCUCAGCAGUUACUUGGAGGGAAUUAUGGCCAGUACCAUCUCUGCUAAUGCUGGAAAGGGCCGAGAAGCCAUGGAGUGGGUAAUCAGGCGACUGAAUGCAGAAAUCGAGGAGCUUGCAGCUACCGCCUGUGGGACUAUACGCACCCCGAUGGCUGCUGCAGUUACUGAGAAAUGACACCUGCCUCUUUUGUUCAAUCUGAGAGACACGGCUCUUAAGUACAACCAGCCUCCCUUUAUGAUGCUCUGGUGCAGUUUUCCAUAUUGUUAAGGGGUACUCAUUUUUUACUAUCUACAUUAGAUAAAUUAAAGCAACAUGCUGCAGCAUAAAGGGACUCUGAUGAAUGUUUUCGGGGCAGGACUGCAGUGAUGAGAAACUGUAGGGUGGAGAAGGAGUGGCACACUCAGGGAUAGAUUUUAACACCACUGUCAUUUGUGUAUUCGGAGGCAUCCAGCAUUGGCAGAAAGGCAUCAGAAGCACUGGAUCAACCAGAAACACAAGAAAAGUGCCAACGCAGAAGCUGCAUUCAGUGUCUUAAGACACACCUUUGCCAGCUGUGCUUUUUCUGUUUUCCAAAAGACCUCAGAAUGUCAACAAAUCUCCUCUGAUAUGGAUGCUGUGUACAGCUGCAGAGUGUACAGGAAACAACGUCAUGCUAAGAGGCAUAUAGAUGACUGUGAACAUACAAUAGGGGAGGGAGAGGUGCCAAGACAAGCGGUAAAUCCGGUACAUGUCCUGUAUGCAUGAAAGGUGGUUGGAGUAUUGGGUGGGUUAAUUACUUUAACAUGACAAAGAAAAGUUUUAGUUAUCUUUUUUGUGUCUAAGAGUCAUCUCAAUGUUUUCCUUUGGGACCUAAGUAAUACCAAGACUCUGUACCAGGAAACAUGAAAACCUCAUUCUAAACGGUAUUGUUAUUUAACUUGUGUUGGUAUUUAAGUUUGAUGAAGGGAUCAAUGUUCUUGCCAUAUUUAUGUUUUUGAAGCAGUACGAGGACCUUCUCUAAUGCUGUGUUUGUGUAACUUAGUUGUAAAUCUGUCUGUUGUGAACUUUUAGGUACAUGCUCAACUUGAACUUGUUUGCUGUCCUUCAGCAGUUUUAUCAGGUAGCCCAUGAUAUUAUCAGUGGUCUUUCAACCUAGUGUUUGAGACCUUUGCCAAGACUUGGAGAAUAAAACGGUUUACUAAUGAAAAGCUGCUACCCAUGCUGUAGAAAGUGAACCUGGUAUAGGUUCUGGAGUGGUCACACUGUGUAUUUGGGAAGGUCUUCUAUAAAGUGGAUGCACUAGUUUCUUUAAUAUAUAUAUAUAUAUAUAUUUCUUUGUAAUAGGAAUAUUUAUUUAGGAAAACAGUUUGUUUUUAAUGAUUGUUUGUUUUUUUGAACAUUAAAAACUGUGAUAUGACAUCCUAUGUACAAAGUGUAACGUGCAGUUUUGACUGGGUGCCUGUGAAAAAACUUAUCUGACCGAAUGCAGAAUGUGGCAAUAAAUUAGGAAUAUUUUAACACCUUCAACUGAAUCACUUUGUAAGCACUUCUUCUCUGGAGAGUUGAUAGUUGAACAAUAUUUAACAUGAAUUGGAUGUUUAUUUCAUCCAAGAACUUUUAACUUGCACGGUGAACUAUAGGAAAGCCUAGUUUGUCCAGUGCUUAUUAUUCGGUCAAAUUACUGGCCUGGUUGCCUUUAGAAACUGCAAUAAUUAAACAAUCACUAAGUUACUUUUAAUAUACACAUUUUUCACAAAAUGAGCACCAAAAUGAAUUAUUACAGUCAAACAGUAAACCAGUACAGAUUUUUUUUAACCUACUGAGAUCUUCAAAAAAAAAAAAAAAAAAAACUACAUGAAAUCAGGUUCAUAUUUCAGAUGUCUGAGCUGUUAAUAA